CUGCAGAGCUCCCAGAAGAAAAGAGGAGCACGACCAAACAACAAACCUGACAAGAAGCCGGCUCCACAGGAGGACAACUCAGACCUUAAGUGUCAGCUCCACUUUGCCAAAGAGGAGUCGGCUCUGAUGUGCAAGAAGCUGACCAAGCUGGUGAAGGACGGUGAGGCCAUGAAGGAGGAGCUGGCCAAGUACCGGUCUCUGUACGGCGACGUCAACGCCUCGCUCACGGUGGAGGAGGUUGCUGACUCUCCUCACACCCGUGAGGCUGAGAUCAGAGUCCAUCUGAAGCUGGUGGAGGAGGAGGCCAACCUGUUGAGCCGGCGCAUUGUGGAGCUGGAGGUUGAAAACAGGGGAUUAAGAGCCGAAAUGGAAGACAUGAAGGGGCCACAAGAUGCUCAUCAAGAACUUAGUGGCGGUGGUUUGGGGACGGGGCUCGGUCUCACCGGUGGGGCCUCGUUGCUCGGGGGGGUGGCAUCAUCUGAAAAUGUCAUGGAGCUCCAGAGGCAUCUCCAGUUCGUUGAGGAAGAGGCGGAGCUGCUGAGGAGGUCUCUGAUCGAGAUGGAGGAGCAGAACAAGCUCCUGAUGAAUGAAAUAAACCGCUACAAGUCUGAGCUUCCCCCGUCGACGGCCGCACUCUCGUCCAAUUCGCUGUUGGCGCUGACCGACGGGCUGCUCAACGACAGCCCCGUCCACUCCAUCCAGGAGGGGGCGGUGCUCAUCAGCACCGACACGCCGCCCCAGGAGGAGGAGCUCCGUCUGGCCAGGCUUCAGAUCGGGGAACUGAGUGGGAAAGUGAAGAAGCUGCAGUAUGAGAACCGCGUGCUCCUCUCCAACCUGCAGCGCUGUGAUCUGGCCUCCUAUCACGGCCUGUCCUCUUCGUCCGCCCCCUCCUCGUUAAGACUGGCCCUGGAGACGGACGCAGAGGCUGGAGACUCAGCUGAGUGCCUCCCGUCCAGGUUAUUUCAAGCCUUCUCUGUUGAUUUUGAUAACAUACCUGUAUUGAGUCCAUCAGGAGGCUCUGGCCAAGCAGUGCGCCCACCUCACCGGAGAGAGCCGGUAGGGGAGAACGACACCCCUGAGAUCGCCGAACAGAAAAAGAGGAUCGAGGACAACUCUGACGCAACAGCAGCGGCCCCCGGGUGCCCCAGGCAGAAGGACCACGAUGCCUUGUUGGCCAUGAGGGACCAGGCGCGCUUGGUUUCCACGGCGAUACAGCUCCUGACCUCCCCCGAGUCCAACUGCCUUACCUCCUCCCCUUCGAUUUAUCACAAGGUCUGCAACAACGAGGCAGCAGAACCGUGUGACCUGGAGAAACCUCAGCCUCACAGCCAGAUCUCUGAGCUUUCAGAAGUGUCGGACCGUCCUCUGGUUGGCGCUCUGACCAGCAGGCUUCAGGCCCUGAACUCCCAGCUGCAGGCGUUCGUUGAGCAGGUAGACAGCCUUAGUAAACCCGAGUCAGGUGGAAGGGACGCUCAGGCAGAAGGAUCGUCCUCUCCGGCCUCCCCCUGCACCUCUGCACCCUGCUCUGGGGAUGGCCAGAAUCCAGAGAACAGAACAGAGGAGAAGCAGCCUGAUUAUAGGGACCAAUCAGAGCCAGAAGUGAAAGAUGAAACUAAGGAAAAGAGCCAAUCCAUCAUCAACGAGAUGCAGAAUCAGGAAACCAGCCAAAUGGAACAAGACGACAAGACAGAUUGUGAAGCGUUUGCCCGGUCCGAUGAUUUCCGGGACCAGCUGUUGGAAGCAGAAGGGCUGGUUCGAGGAACUCAGGAGGAACUGGAGAAAGAGAAACAGGAUUACAGGGAGAUCGCUCUCAAACUCUCACUGCUCCAGGAGGAGCACCAGAAAGCGCUGCUCCGCCGGGACUUUCAGCUGCAGAGUCUGGGCCUCCAGGCUCGGCUUCAGCAGAAGUUCUGGAGUCAGGAGAGAAGUCUGCUGGUCCAAGAAUCCCAGCACCUCAAACAGGCCCUGUUACUGCUCAGUCUCAAGCUGCGCUGCUUCCUCAAACAGUGGAGGCUGGGCUGCAAAAAGGACACCGAGUGGAAAGAUGUCUUAGAGAUAAACAGCCUGAAAGACCUGUACUUGCUGUUGGAAGAGGAGAACCUACAGAGCCCCAGUCACCAGGUAGACAAUAGAGAUUCUGCAGAAGGACAGCCACUCAGCCCAACUAUAAAGUCCAGUGCUGUGAGCAGCACUUUGGCAGACCUGAGGGUCGCUUUGCAGGAUCUCAGCGGAGAGCUGCGACAAGAGAGACAAGGCUCCCAGGAACUCACUCAGCAGUUUGCAAGGGCCAAGGCCUCAUGGGAGGUGGAGAGGACAGAGCUGAAGAGCCUCAUAACACAGCUUGAGACUAAGGCGGGAAAAGCUGCCACAGCAUCCUUGUGCUCCAUCGAAACACUGGAUCCACCUGACCUGAAGGUGGCACUAAAGAGGGAGCGUGAGGAACACCAGCACCUUCUGGCUGAGUCCUAUGCAGCUGUAAUGGACCUAACUAAACAGCUUCAGAUCGGAGAGAGGAACUGGGGCAGAGAGAAGCUGGAGCUGCUGGAGAGGUUCAGCCAGGAGAGAGCUCAGUGGGAGCAGAGACUCAGAGACCGAGACAGCUCUGCACAGCAGGGGAAGUUGAAGCCUCCAGGUGACGAAUCCUCUGCAGACAAAAUUGUUCCAAAUGGAACAUCACCCAGGACCAAAUCCACACUUGAGCUCGAAGGAAUAGAGGUCAAUGGAACGACCAAUCAGGAGGAGAAAACACAACUUGCUGUUGCAGCCCUUUGUACUCGCCCCCAGCCUGGUGACCUCACGGGAAAGAACUGGACCUAUCUGAACAAUGAGAUAACUGACACCAGUAAAACCUGGGAUGGUCCCAGUGGCUCCUCCAGCGGCUUAGCAGGAUCCCAGCUGGAUCUGGAGUCGGUACAGAGGAGCUACACUGCCCCUGACAGAACUGGCAUCCGGAUCUACUACAGCCCUCCUGCUGUGAGACGCAUGGAGCACCAGAAGAGGAACCAAGACCCCGUCGAGGCCCAGUGCACCCAGAAUGGAAACCCGCUUUUCAGAAAGAAUGAUGCCGAGGCAGGAAUGGCUGCAAUAGGCACCCUGGGAGCCCAGCACCAACAGGCGGCACCCCCCUAUUCUUCCUCUUACGAGCAGUGGCUGAGCUCGCUGUCCAAUCAGCACCGGGAGCUGCUGGAGAGCAGAAGCAGCUGCAUCUCCACCUCAUUACCGAGUGUCAUCAACAACAGUGUCAGCAAUGGGACUUCUAAUAGAGUGGUUGAGGGAAUGACGUCCUCUCCUGCUUUCCGGGACCUGGAAAUCGGAGAGAUGUCAGCAAACUUAAGUGACGACAUGAAGGAGAUGACCAACUGUGUCCGCCAAGCCAUUCGCUCGUCAUCUCUGGAGAGAAAACCAAGCAAAGAGCCUGGCUGUCAGACUGUUGGUGUAAGCACCAAAUCCACACAGACUGCUGCUCAGCUCGUCAGUGUCGGCCUUCAAACAGACCUUCCGGGCAGCAGGGGGGUGGGGCUUCACUCCAAAGCCUGGUCUCCUCGUCCAUCGGCGACAACCACCUCCCCGCUGGCGUCCGUCCGUACUCGGCAGAUUUCAACAUCUCUGGAUAAAGUUCACAGCCGCAUCGAGAGGCCAUGCUGCUCUCCCAAGUAUGGAUCUCCAAAACUGCAGCGCAGGGUGUCUUCUGGUUCCACCUCCAGACUGGAUGCUUCUUCCUCCAACAGGGACCGCAGCCUGUGGAGCCUCCAGCAGAGGUCCAUCGGUGGAGGAGGUGGCUCAGCAUGGGCUCGUUCCACCACCACCAGGGAUAGCCCCGUCCUGAGUGGCCUCACAGACGGCCUGUCCAGCCUCUUCAGUGUGGUGGAGCACUCUGGAAGUACAGAGUCACUUUGGAGGGGCGACCUAGUAGCCAGUCAGUCUGCCAGCCCAGCUCGGCAGCUCCCAGCUGCAGGAAAACCCUCUGGUGUAGCGCUCUCCGGAUCUGACCUCAGCUCUCAGAGAUGUGGUGGACUGGUCCAGGAGUUUUUUAAGAAUGUCUGCAGCAGCCGGGGCCCCGGAGGCGUUUCCCUGCCCACAGACAGAGCACAGAGAGAGUGCCUCGGCCCCCUCGGAGGUCUCGGUGUUUCUGGGGCGCUAGGCAACGUGGAUGAACCCAAACCGGAGUGUAUGGCGUUGGCCGUCGGAGGUGCCGGCAUGCUGGCCGGGUUGGGUGGCAAUGACAGCGUGACCAGGAUUGUUAACAAGAGGUUUAUGAGACAAACAGCUGGAGAGGAGAUGGUCAGUAUCUUGGGAGGAGGAAAGGAAUCGGUGAGCAAUGCUGGGGCUGCUGGAUCAGGGGUGGAGGAGGCACCAUGCGACUGCGCUGCACAGCCUUCCUGCUACGCCAGACCAUCAAGACCAGCUGCUCGCCACUGCAAGCACCGUCCACAAGACCCUACGGCGGCGGCGGCGGCGGAAGAUAAGAGCGACACCGGCAAUGAGUGAUGAGACUGCUACUGCCCCACAGCACACAUAGGAAGACACAAUGCAACACCACUUCCUCAUGAACACAACUGCCAUAAAAACAACUCCUCUCCCGUUACCAAAUGUACAUACAGUCCAACAACCUGCCACACAGGCACACUGCCAAACAUAACACACACCGCACGGGCUGCCUCACAAGACUACUGCCAGCUGCACACACUCGCAAACACAGAUUCUCAGAGGCCGGGCAGUGAUGCACCUGUCUUGGACUAUCACUCUGAUGCCAAGGACAGAUCUAACCCUCAUUUAACUACCAGCAGGACAGAGAACACAGACAUUGAUUCACACUCCGACUGUACAAGAAUAAACUGAGGGGAUGCUAACGAUUUAAAUGAACUUGUUAGGCCUGGACCUGUAAAACAAAAUCCCCAACAUAAAGAAUAAAAGGUACUAAAUGCAAAGGUCUGAUCACCUUGUUAGACUUUAUAUUGCCAUCGCACUGUUGAACAAGCAGCUAUAUCAGAUAUAUAAUUGGGCAAGGUGAAAAGAAAGCAUGCAUUCACAAUUUGAGUAUGAAUAUAAAGUCCAUGUGUCACUUUCCGAGCGAUGAAACAUCUCAGAAGACAUCCACCACAGCUGGAAAGGUCUUUUCUGUUGUGUUUACAGCUCCGAAAACAAUCAAAGUGUGAGAUGUUAUCUGAUGGAAAGCUCCGCUGAUUGUUCCAGUGGGGCUUCUGCAGACACAGACUCUGUAACUUGUCCCAAAACCCAGUUGCCGUGCUGGAAAAUUGUGCCGCUUAGAUUAAUUAGAACAAUAACAUUCCAGCGAGUGUCUCCAAUGUGGGUCUGUAUUAUACAUUACUGACAAGUUUACAGUGUCUUUCAUUAGUACACGAAAGAAAGGCUCAAAUAGUGUUGAGCUGGGUGUCCCAAGAUGACCAGACUUAGACCCGAUUGAAGAAUGUUGUCAUUUAAAGGCUCUAUGGUUGAGAUUGUGGAACCGUUUUCCCCAGAGAAACUCCAACCUGUGUUUUUUAACUGAAACGUCAAAAACCUCUUCAGGCUUGAUAUAAGAGAAAUGGCCACAAAUAUGGGAACGUAAAAUGACGUGAAGCCAUGGCUUAAGCCCUGUAAAUGUUCAAUGUUUUCGUCAGAGACUGCUUAUCGAAUCAAUAUUUUGGUUUGAAUUUUUUUUUUACCAUGCAGUCAGAUGUAGUUUUUCCGAUGUCAAGGUUCAUAACUUUUAACUGACUAUAUUUUAACAUGUCCAGUCCUGUAGUCACCAUUGUGAAAUGGUUCCAUUUCAUCUAACUGAGACCCCAUCCGCUUUGUUGAAAGGACAUCAACUAGAAAUGCACUAAAAUAAUUUUAUUUCCUUUUUUGUCUUCCACUCUUAUCUACUCCAGCUUUUUAAUCAAAUUUACACUCAAAUUUACACAUAAGCAUAACCCAUCUGUCAGUCCAUGUAUUCUAUGCUUCAUUCACAAAUAAAUAUACAUACGUGUAUAUUUAUAUACAUUUACAAUUUGUUAUGAAAAUCAAAUGAACAUUGCAGUCACAGCCAAACUGAGUCUGCUAAAACUGUCACUAUUGACCCAUGAAGCUAAACUCCUCAAAAACAUUCUUUGUUCUUUUAUUUUACUUUAAAAAAAAAAAAACUGAAGGUCUUUGGCCUUUGCUCAAAGCAUGCCUGCAGAUUGUUGUCGACUCUUCAGCUUUUGUCUGUAUCACUGCAUCAUUCCCUGGUCUAAUGGAGGGGGAUAGUUUUAAAACACUUUCCUGUAACAGCUUGCAUCUCCAUCUCUCUUCCAUCUAUCCUUGUUUUUGCACUGAAAGUUUUUUUUUAGGGGGGGGGUCUAUUUACUUCACUUGCAAACUUUGGUCAAAUUGAUUUUCUAAUUGAAAAAUGCACUGUAUAUUUGACUUUUUCUUAAAUAGCGAUUCCAAGAUAAUAGAAGGAGAAUUAUGUCUGCACAAACAGGAGAAAUUUGAAUAUAAGAGGAGGACUACAAAGUCUUUUUAGUAAAUGGGAAAACUCCAGAAGAAAUGGAAAACAAUCAUGUUUGAAAGGGUUUUUUAAUUUAUAUGUUUUUCCUCCGAACAUUUGCUUGCUAUGUUAAUAUAUUUGUAAUUAAUGGACUUAUCAAAGUGCCUGCUGGAUAGCCUGUUAGUCAGCUCACACCAAAAUUGGAUUUCACUUAAAAACAAAAAAAACCAAGCAGCCUAUUUUUAAUAAGCAAGAUUGUUUAAUGCACAUGAUUACAAUCAGUAUUAAAGCUGCAAUAAAGUCGUGCACCACAAUAACGGAGGGACAAAAUGAUUAACAGGUAUUGGAGAAUGUCAUAGUAACUAUAUAUGAACUUUUUUUUAUCAAGGGUUACAUUUCUGGAAAGUAAAUUAUUUUUAUUCAAUUUUGUUUCUUUUUGUCGACGUUUUGCUGAUAUAUUGGUUUGUUUAUAUUUCUGUCUCAUUAUCAUGGUGCUACUCUUUGUAAAGUCUGCUGUAGGCUUGCUGCCUCGAAGGCGUCUGAAUGAGCAGCAGUCGAGUGAUUGUCGGUCUCCGCGCACCGUUUAAUGACUCAGCAGUUAAUAACAGGGCAUUCACAGAAACAUUGCAUGUUUCUGAAUAACACACUGAGGAAAACCCAAAAUGUCUAUGCUGCUGCCUGUCUCCAUUUCAGCCUUCACUGCAAAAGCAACUGCAUGAAACCAGUCUCAGCUUCAGAAGCUACCAGCCUGUUUAUAUCAGGAUUAGACCCUCAAAUACACUUAAAUAUAUAGAAUUGUGGGAAACAUAACCACAGUUAUACAGGUUUUGUUUUUUUGUCUAUUUUUAAGCUUAAACCAAUAAUUAAAGUUUUCAAAAGCAGCUACUAUUUCAUUCUACAUUCCAUUGCAUUUUGAACAUAUAAACCUUCUAUUUUCAUUUAACAAACCCCAUUAUUCCAUAAAUAAUCAACAUUAUAUAUUUUAAAGCGACAAAUACAAGUGGAACCUAAACUCGAUUAUAAAACCAUGACAGAGUUAUAGUUUUUUGGCUCACUGAACAUGUUAGUAUACCCAACAUGAUACCUAUAAAGACAAUUUCAAUGGUUCACCUCUUGGAAGAAAACACUUUCAGGAGAUGCUCUGUUGAUACACUUAACAAGCAGCCUUUUAAAGUCUGUCUCUGUUUUUCUACCCUGCUUUCUACAGCUGUAGUGUGCUAGGACAUCUUAAUAGCAAGAAGAAAACUGUUAACACCAAAUGCAGAAGUUGCUUGAGAGUUAUGCAUAAAACUUAACGUUGAUGCCUCUCUUUAUGCAACACAUAUUUCCUAUAUUAAAAUCCUACAGUUGAUAUUUGCCCCAGCGCUGCUUUUGAAAGACUCUUGCCAUUAGCGACAGCUUAAAUCAACAGGAUUGCGUACUUCGAAUUAUUUUGAAAACUUAAGAGGUGCCUCUGGUAGUACAGAACAUUUUAACAGGUGUCCGGUUUACAAGCUGCAAAUACAAUUUGUAUACACAAUCAGCUAAUUAAAACCCAUCAAAUCCCUCCACAUUAUUUUUCAUUCAUUAACAAAAAAAAGAACACUUUUUUGCUUCUCAUGGAGCACAAAUUUCAGCUACAUCUCCAACUUGUUUGCGCUAUUUAACAUUGUUUUCCAUUCACUUUCUUUAUCCUAGUCAGAAUUGUCUAUCUGCAGUUAGAUUACGCAAAAAAAAUAUUUACAGACAAGAAUGAUGCCAAUACAGACAAAGCUGAAGUAUUGAAGUUCUAUCCAAUGUUGACUCUGUCAUCUAACAUACUCACCUUUUGCCCCCUGAAAGGAAUAGAAACCACAAAGGAACCACUUUCAUUAGCAGCUGCUGUUUUAGAUACACUGCAGAGUUACUACAUCUUCCAUAAUACGCAUUUAGAAUUUAAACACACAACUGCAAUAAAUAUCAAUAAGGGUAGAUUUUUGUUUAAAAGUUUAAAAAAACCUUACAGUAAUAAUGACUGCGUACACAUUAGAUGCAACAGUUUGACAGGGAUUUUGGUAUAAUUUAGUUUAAGUGUAAUGUAAUUUUCAGCAUCCACAAUUUGUGUAUAAAAAUGUAUUUAAAUAGCAAGACGAUGACAUAGAUCUUUGUCGAGUUUGUUAUAAAAGUAUGAAACUCUCAGCAGAAAGUUUACCAGAUUCAGUUCUACCUCUUCAGUGUUUUGAUAACACUGAGAUCAUUAAACAACACAGAACUUGAUGUAUACCUAGGCCGACACAAUGAAACAGGGUUUUCACUGUUUUACUGUCCACAACAAGGUUACUUUUGUGCCUUUCCUCUCCAGAAGUAUCCUUUUUAUUUUCAUUAGUUCAAAUAUUUAUAUUGUUCCCAGACUAAUUAUAUCAGGAAAUUAGUUGAAAUAACAUAAUUCAGUCAUAUUUGUUAUUCUCCAAUUUCUAAUUUACCUGGUGGGGGAUUUAAUGAGAGUAAAGCAAAAAAAAAAAAAAAAGAAUGAAAAAAAAGUGAGACACACCAGUAAUUCAGACACAGAUCUGAAUUUUGGAAUUAAAUAGUUGGGAAAAAAAGGAUCACUUAAGAAAGAAUAAGUAAGUAGUUUCAGUAUCUAUUUGAUUACAAUUCCAAUACGAAAUAUUCAUCUGAAAUCAGCUGACAUUUACAGCAGCUUGAUAUCACUUUUUCAUUCAAUGAAAGUCCUCUUUUCAAAAGCUUUUCUACCCGCCUGUCAGAUGUCACAUUUUCUCUUUCCCCUCAGGUUAUAUACAGCAGGCUUUUCGGCCACUUACUGAAAGGUUUUACAGGUCACACAUCACCAGCCAAUGACAGAUAUAUUUCUUACAGGUUGCAUGUCACAAACCAUGAGUCUUAUUGCUCACUGUCUCCAAAAACCUUUUUUUUAUUUUGUAACCCAACUCCAUACCAUUCUUAUGAUUUUAAAAUGCUGGGAUUAUGUAAAUGAAUUGAUGAAUUCUUAACUGUUCAUAAUGGUAGCUACACUAUUACCUAGAGACUGCCUGUACAUUUGCUUAAUGCUGUAACCUAAUAUUGUACUUUUUUUAAGCAGUUCUGGUUAUUAAAGGAGAAUGCAAUGAAAGCUAGCUAAAAUGAGUACUUGGCAGAGAAAUGGGCCCGUUUGUAUUGCAACUUGGUAAGAAAGAAAAGGUUUGUACUCAGUCCUUUUGUUUUUCUUUGAGAAAAGCUGAAUGUCAGCAGCUGAUCUGACCCAGGUCACUGUAGAAGUAUGUAGCUCUCUCCCUUUAUAGACCACACUUGAGCAUUUCCUCUGUACAUAGGCCCAUUUUGAUGAUGAUCCGAUACAACAGAUGAAUGAAUAUGUUUUAAAAAAUAUGGUAAUGGCAAAAGAGUUAAUGAAAGUACAGCCAUUUUUAAAGGACCUGGGAUUAUUUCUUUUUCCAACCAAUGUAGCUUGUAAAACAAGAUAUAACUGCCUCCUGUUUGUCAUAAAAUUCACAAAUAAAUGUUUGAUGG